CCUGCGGCGCUGGCUCAGUAGAUUCGACAGGCCGAGAGCGGAGGUGGGGUGUGUGGCGAAUCUUAGCUGGGUGACAGAGCGAGACGGUGUCGGCGGGAAGAGCGCGCGGGCCGGAAGGUUCCAGACGUGACUUUACUGAAUGGAUCCCGAGCCCUUUGAAGUCGGACAUGCGGUCCGAGAAGCUAUCAACAUCCUUUCCUCUUCCAGGAAUGGAGUCCAGAUCUCAGAGGUGCUUGGCACAAUUAAGUGCUACCUAGGUGGAACUGAAAACCAAGCCCCUCUGAAGGAGAGGGAAGAAUUUACCCGUGUGCAUUUUUCUGCCUUUCUGCGAGGUCUUGUCAGUAACCUGAGUCCAGAUUGGAUAGAACUUCUUACCUCUGAUCAGCAGAAGGAAUUAUGGGAUAGCUUUUUCUUGGAAGGGCCAGCUGACCAAGUCUUUCUGGUUCUGCUGGACUCCAUCAUUUCUACGGGUCCCAGCUUUCGCCUGGUGAAGGUCAUUAGCAUCCUGGAACAGUUUCUGCAGACGGGAGGCAUGUCGGCUCUGAUGUGGGAGGUCUGUCAUCAGCAGGCACAGGCUGGUUUACCCAUGUUUCAAGAGACCCUCCUCAACAAGGUUGUGUGUCUGCCUGACCACUUGUGCAACAAGCUCCAGGGGAAUAACCUGCCUAUAUUCUUCCCACAAAACUAUUUCCCUCUGCUGGCUACUGAAAUCAUCCAAGUGUUGCAGAGGAUCUCUGACUCAUUGAGAGGUGGCUUGGACUGUUCUAUCUCCUUCGUGUCUCAAGUGCUGGGGAAGGUAUGCGUGCAUGGGAGACGAGAAGAAAUUCUGAAUGUGUUGGUGCCACGCCUAAUGGAUCUCACCAAGGUGGACUGCAUCUGGCAGAGGAUGUGCUGGCGACUGGUUGAGUGUGUGCCAGAUCGUUGGAUAGAAGCAGUGGUUUGCGGCUUUAUUCAGAAAGCACCAGGGGCGGAUGUCUUGUCACGAUUACUGGGGAAUCUGGUUGUGAAAAACAAGAAAGCUCAGUUUGUGGUGACCCAGAAACUACUACUCCUGCAGUACAGCUAUGUGACUGCAGUGCUGCAGAACCUCCUUGGAUACCUGGCCCUAGACAGCCUUCGACGUUCCUUAUUGAUCAAAGUGCUGAAAGAACUCCUGGAGACCUGGGGCAGCAGCAGUGCUGUGAAACACUCUCCAGUUGAGCAACAACUGUAUGUUAGCAAGGCCAUCCUGAUCUGCCUCUCCCACCUGAAGGAGCCUGAAAUAGAGAGCAACGGACAAGAGCUUCUCACCAGCAUGAUGGGAGGGAUGAAAUGCCACCUGGACAGCAACUUGCCACGGGUUCGGCGUCUGGGAAUGAUAGUGGCAGAAAGCAUCAGUUCCAGAAUAACUACAGAUGGGCCCUGCCUGAAAUUCCAGUAUGAAGAUGAUGAUGAGACUAGAGAGCUAAAGUCUCUCCAGCAGACAGCCCGACUACAGCUCCCUGUCACCGACCUGCCAAAUGCUGGCAGGAAUGACAGUCCAUCUGCUACACCAAAAGCUGUGUCAAAACGAAGUGGGAACCCACACCCAGCAGCCUCUGCAGUUCCAGAGGAGGAAUCUGACUUGGAACUUGACAGUGAUGAUGACCUCAUUCCUUAUGACAUGUCAGAGGAUAAAGAGCUGAAGAAAAUGAAAGCUCCUGUCUAUAUCCGAGACUGCAUUGAAGUCCUAACUGGAUCUGAAGACAUGGACAAGUGGGAAGCUACAAUGAAGGUUUUGGAGAGUCUGAUUCGAAGGAAUUCAGCUACUACAAGAGAGGUGAGCAUGGAGCUGGCUAAAGUACUGCUGCACCUGGAGGAAAAGACCUACAUAGAAGGCUUUAUGGAGCUCCGUAAGAGAGCCCUAGUGGCUGUCACCAUCACAGAUCCAGUGCCAGUGGUGCAGUAUCUGACCUCCCAGUUCUAUUCCCUGAACUACAGUCUCUGUCAGCGCAUGGACAUUCUGGAUGUCCUAGCUUUGGCUGCUCAGGAACUCUCUCAGCCCCAGGCCUCUGGGAAAAAUAAGCCCCGCAGCACCCAGAGUCCCUGCACCCUGACUGUCCCUUGCAGUGACAGCUCCCAGAACUGGAGAAGGAUUGUGGAUGAGAGGAUCAAAAGCAAGACGCGCCGUUUGGCGAAGAGUCCGUCUCUAGUGGAACCGGCUUGUGGCCCAAACAAAUUCAGUUCUUUAGCUGGACAUUUCUUCUUCCCCCUGAUUCAGAACUUUGACAGGCCUCUGGUGACCUUUGACCUUUUGGGAGAUGAUCACCUUGUGCUAGGAAGGCUGGCGCACACUCUUGCAAUCUUGAUGUACUUUGCCAUCCAUACUGUGGCAGCUGCUGCCAUGGGAAAGUCACUGCUGGAGUUUGUCUGGGCCCUGCGCUUCCACACAGAUUCGUAUGUGCGUCAGGGCCUCCUGUCCGCAGUCUCCUCCAUCCUCCUCAGUAUCCCUAGUGAGCGGCUGCUGGAGGACAUGACAGAUGAGUUCCUGGAGACACAGUCCUGGCUGGCAGAUGUAGCAGAGAAGGACCCAGAUGGGGACUGCAGGAGGCUGGCCUGGCAGAACCUGCUGCUAAUGGAGAACUUGCUAAAAAAACUCAGAAGUGUCCCUUCCUAGUUGUGGGGGGGAAUUGAAAACAGAGGUGACCUCCACCUAACACACUUGCCAGCUGGCUG